AUGUCUUCCCUCGAAGUCUUGUCUCAGGCCAUCAAUGCUCAAGCAGAGGUGUUGAGCAAGGCCUGGCAGGAUCCCUCCCUCCACGAUGCGUCCUCGCCUCCAAGAAUUACGGUGCCCAAGUUGGAUGCGGCUGGUGAAGAGGCUCGCAACCAGCUUCUGACCAAUUUGAGACGUCUUGAGCAGAUGGUCCUGGGUCCAAAGGAUGCUAUGCAAAGUUUAUACUACAAGAGUGCCGAAGCAGGAGUAGUGCAGGCCCUCUGUCAACUCGGUGUCCCUAAAGCUGUCCCCUUGGACGGUUCAAUAUCCUAUCACGAACUUUCUGCAAAAGUCAACGUUUCCGAAGACCGGCUCAGGCAUUUCAUCCGGAUAGCAGCCCUUUGUUGCAACUACCUGGCCGAAACCGAGACCGGCCAAGUUACCCAUAGCCCAAACUCAUCCAUCUGGCAAUUGGAUCCCAUGAUGGCCAACGGCAUGGAGGUCAUGCUCAGUCACCUUCCCAUUUCCUCCUUCAGGCUAGGUGAUGUCUGCACGACCGAUCCUACCGACGAGGCCGAAAAGGUCGACGGCUUCACCCUCGCCAGGGGAGAGCCACUCUUCCAAUACUUGGAGUCACACCCGGAUCAGGGCCAAAAAUUCGCUGCCCACAUGCGCGCCCAGGCUGCUCAGUCUGGAGAUGAAGCAAUCCAGCAAGGUUACGAUUGGCAUUCCAUGAAGGACAAGCUCCUUGUCGAUUGUGGCGGCUCCUUUGGCUCUGUUGCCCAGGCCAUUGUCAAAAAAGAGCCAGGGGUACGGUGUAUUGUUCAAGAUCUUCCUAAAGUAAUCAACGCUGCUAAUGCAACCGUCACCAAACGUCCCAAUUUCCCAAAUGCUCAAAUCAGAUUCAUGCCACAUGACUUCUUAGAGUCUCAGCCAGUGCUUGCAGACAUGUAUCUGUUCCGUAUGGUAUUUCACAACUGGUGUGACAAGGGUGCUCGACGCAUACUCGAAGCUCUUCGACCCGUCCUUCGACCAGGAACUCGUGUCGUUGCCAUCGAAUACGUCAUGCCUCCACUGGGCACCGCUCCGCCAUACGCCGAGCUUGCAACCAGACGACUUGACAAUGUCAUGUACAGUCUGAUGAAAGGCAAGGUACGUGAGCUGCAGGAAUUCAAGGAUUUAUUUCACAGCGUGGAGCCCGCUUUGAAGUUUAGAAGCUUCAAGCAAGGCGCGCUCAAAGCCACUCAUGAUCCCAAAUGCCACUCGGUACUGGAAUGGAUUUACGAGCCUGAUGAUCAAGUCGUCGUCGACUCGAACAGUGUCGAAACACCCCCGAUGCCCACAACAGGCCUCAUCAUAGAUACAGUCGAUUCGCCAGAAAGUACCAAAAGGGGAGAUUCAUCUCCAGCUACACCUGUCGAAGAAAAUUCUGGAUUAGGAAUAGAGAUCAAAUCAGAGGGUAACGAGAUUCCUGUUCAAAUCGCCGAAUACGAGUCAGAGUCACCUCGAUACAUAUUGCCCACCAAUUGA